UCUCUUACACACAAAGAUCGAAGAAGGGAUCUUUACUUUGCUAAACGCAUACUAUGUUUUCAGAUCUGUAGGCGUAAAGAAAUUUUGAGGUACUGAACUCGUCGUGUAUUGACGACAUCUUAGUAAUCCAAAUAAAGUUGCCGGCGUUCAUUAAUGGCGUCUCAUCGUCCGGUUACUGCAUUCUCAGUGAUCUGCUUACUGCCUCUGCUUUUCAGCGUCCUUGUCCAUUGCAAAACUCUCAAGAGAGACGUGAAAUCGUUGAACGAAAUUAAAGCUUCUUUGGGGUGGAGGGUGGUAUAUUCAUGGGUAGGUGAUGACCCAUGUGGAGACGGUGAUUUUCCACCAUGGUCUGGAGUUAAAUGUUCUACUCAGGGAGAUUAUAGAGUUGUCACAGAAUUAGAAGUUUAUGCUGUAUCUAUUGUGGGUCCUUUCCCAGUUGCUGUGACAAAUCUAUUGGACCUUACUAGACUGGAUCUUCAUAACAACAAAUUAACUGGACCAAUUCCUCCACAAAUUGGGCGUUUGAAGCGUCUUAAGAUACUCAAUUUGAGGUGGAAUAAACUGCAAGAUGUUAUUCCUGCCGAAAUAGGUGAACUGAAGAGCCUAACUCAUCUAUAUUUGAGCUUCAAUAACUUUAAAGGAGAAAUACCUAAAGAGCUAGCAAACCUUCCUGAGCUACGUUAUCUCUAUCUUCAUGAAAAUCGCUUCACUGGACGAGUUCCACCAGAUUUGGGGACUUUGCAACAUCUCAGGCACUUGGAUGUCGGAAACAACCAUUUGGUAGGAACCAUAAGGGAACUCAUACGCAUUGAUGGAUGCUUUCCUGUGCUGCGUAACCUUUAUCUGAAUAAUAAUUAUCUUACUGGUGGAAUCCCAACCCAGAUAGCAAAUUUAACAAAUUUAGAGAUCUUGCAUUUAUCCUACAAUAAGAUGUCUGGUGUAAUACCAUCUGGACUUGCUCAUAUCCCCAGAUUGACAUAUCUGUAUCUUGAUCACAACCAGUUCAGUGGGAGAAUUCCUGAUGCGUUUUACAAGCAUCCGCUCUUGAAGGAAAUGUAUAUUGAAGGAAAUGCUUUCCGGCCUGGUGUAAACCCAAUUGGUGUACACAAGGUUCUUGAUGUUUCUGACAUGGAUUUCCUGUUCUAGUUGACUUGGUGAAAUUAACCAGGUUGCCCUGUCCUGAGUAAAAUGCAUCAAGUUUUGUCAUCCAAGGGGAGAGGAGCAGUUCAUUAAUGUCCUACUGCCUUUAUUUGUAGCUGUUGGAACUUUCUGAUGGAGUUGCUUCAGCUGUAUAUGAUUUUACUAGUAUAUCAAUGCCACAAAAUGAAAAACAUUCAUUACUGUUUCCCCCUCCAACUAAAAUGUUAAUUUCCAGUAAUGUAAGUCAUAAUUAAUACGGGUAGACAGACAAACUCUCUGAAAAUUAUAAGACUAAAGAGAUUUGUUUGAUG